UGGCCCAGCUCAGUCCUGCACAAAAUCUACGAGUGAAAAGAAGUCAAAGUGUCCGCUGUCCGUUCGUCCAACAAAUCUGAGUCAAAACGCAACAAAGGUGUCAUUAUCAAGUCAAUUACGUGCACGUGUAGCGAUCGCCAAAUUCAUUGUUGUCAUCUGAGUAUCGCGCCGCCCCUACCCCUCGCCUACAUGGAAAAUUGGUCGUAUCCAUUCAGGGAUUUUUCUUAAUUGUGUUUUUUUCGUUUCCAUCUCGAUUGUUCUGUUUCGUAAUUUUCAGUGUUUGGUAUCUGCACGAGUGGUUUUGUGUUUUCGCUAAUUCCCCAGAUACUUUUCGUUGAUUUUUCGGUUGGUUGGAAGACGAUUUCCGGCCCGGGUUUGAACAAGGAAUUGGGAGAAUUGUUUUCGUGGAUUUUCUGCCUUGAACUGGUGUUGUUCGAACUCUUCCGAGAGUGUUGGUAUCUAAUGCAAGUGCUGCAGUCGCGUAAUAUGAAAGUGGUGUCCAGUGAAGGUAGCGCUUCCGUGUCUGUUCAAUUUUCGGCUGUGUUGGCCGCCGUCCUCGCGUCCGUUUGCUCCUUCAUGCGCUGUGUCGUCCCCAGUGUCCAGACUCUAGUUGUUGACCCCUCAACGUACUGUCCCACCUCGACGCCCACCACGGACUCGUGUAUGCACUGUUCCCAUUGUUGCGAGUGUGUUUCUAAGCGAAUGCAACAAGUUUUUAAGUUUAAGAAGUCAACAGACGGUUUGCGUGGCUUCAAGCGGUUCGGUCACUUGAAGAACAAUAACUUGAACAUUAUUAUCGGCUCGUGGCGUGGUUCAAUGAGAAUUAUUUGUGGAAUGCACAAUAACAUGGUCAUGAUGAGAGCUUGAAAAGCUAAAGCCAGGUGCGCUUUUCAGCAGCGGUCUCUCAAGACUUUAAAAUUUCCAGAAAACUAUACGGAGAUUUAUCUUCUCAUAUAAAAUGGCUUUCCGCACGAAAUCAGUCUGCCAUAAACGGCUUGAAGAAUCAUCAUCAAUCGACAACAACACAAAUAUCUACGUUGAAUCAGAUAAAUACGAUACCAGUCCGCCAAUUGGAUUAUACGGAGGAAUUGAUUGCUUUGAAGGAGAUCAAUUCGCAGAGCGACAACUAUAUUACCCCUCACGAGGACGAGAUCUAUCAAUUCGACGAUUUAGAUCUAUUGGAACAGAAUCUGCCGAAUUCAAGGUUAGAGGAGGAGGAUACUUUGAAUACGAUAUUUGGAACGAUCAUACCAAGCGAAGAGGAAAUUAUACCAAUAUCACCAACUGUAACAGCUUCGAAUCAAUUACUGGAGAAAUCUUUAACGGAAACAACUGCAAUCAUGGGGAUUUCGAAGGAUGCGCAAGAGAUUCGGUCUCUAGCGCAGCCAGACGCUCUGGAGUACGUUAAGGAUGAAUUAGAUAUGGAAUUAGAUGAAUUGAAUAAUGGAAUAAACACAGUGGAGUUAAUCUUUGCCAAUACCCAAGCACAACAAGGCGCAGUCAGUUGUGUUAACAAUCUGCAGCAGCAGCAGCAACAACAACCGAGAGAAAUAUAUAAUCAAAAUCUAUCUAAUACGGAUAAUACUUGUUUAAAUCAAGUUAUAAAUCAACAACACGAUUUACUAGACGUGCUACAUUUGAAUCAAACCUAUCAACAAAUACCAGCAACAGUUGAGACAGCAUCUACGUCAACGACUUCAGCUUCAACGUUUUCGCAACAAAAUCAACAUCAAAUUUUCAAUUUAAUUAACAACAGUCCUAGCACAAUGUACAACGACAUGGAGGACUACUUUUUCAACAUAUCCGAUCAACAGCUUCUCAUGCAGGACAAAGAUAAGAUAGCUGACGAUAACAAUCAGGACGACGAAUUGAACACCCCAGCAAUUUCGAUUAAUGCUUUCCCACCUCAUUUCGACAUGGAAACCGAAGAGACGUUCACUUACACAUAUGAAGACAAAGAGAUGAUCCUGACAUCAACACAAGAAAUGAUUAUAGAUAAUGGCAUAUCAACGGAAGAUCUUACGGCUUAUAUUGACACGAUUUAUGAUAAGGGUGCAUCCACUUCGGAUGAAAUUAUUAUCGAUGAUUUCCCACAUGGUGGUGAAACUUGCAAGGAUGAUAUCAAACUUGAAGUUGAUCCAAUGUUGAGCAUUGGACUAAAAACCGAGCCAACUUUGGUCGAAUCGUCCGACGACCCCGAUAGCCCAAUUGGACAAAACGAUGAUAAUGAAUCAAUUAUUAAUGUGCAAAUAGAUGGAAAAGCUGCGGAACAACUUCUUGGAUUGCUCGAAUAUGCCAAUAGCGGUCGAAUCGAUAAUACACUUAGCACAGUGAUUUCCACACCAGUCAAAAAGUUCAAACGAAUCCACCCGUUGAGUGUGAAUAUUCCAGUUCCUCACUCUGUGCAGUCUAAUGAACCAACAACAGCCCAAGUCGUCGACACAAUCUUCACUUGGGAUAAUGAUAGUAAUGAUGGAAUCAUCGACUCAACCCCACCAUCCGCCAGCAAUUCCACCGCUAUCUGCCAAGAAUCUUCCUCAACAGUUUUCCAAUUCGAAGACAUAACCCAAUCGUCUCUAAUCUCAUCGAUUGAUGAUAGCCAUUUGGAUAGUUCCGACAUAGCUUCAACUGCACCCCCUACACCAUACUCUUGUGCAUCGUACGAGACUACCAGCAAUCCGGAGCGUAAACGUCGUGGACGACCACCAAAGGCUCAGAGCACCCAACCUGAUCCUGAAAAAUUGAAGCUAUUACCACCGAGUAAGCAAAAGUAUAUCCUGCAAAGAUGCAAAAACAAUGAAGCUAGUCGUCAGUCACGUUUGAAUCGUAAAAAUAAACAAGAUCAACUAAAGGAAGAGGCGCAAAUGCUGAUUAUGAUAAACCAACGUCUAAAGAGGAAGGCUGCCAAGCUAGAGAGUGCUGAAGAGACUCUGAAGCGAAUGCUGCAGCAGGACAUUGACGGAAGAGAUAGAAGAAGAAAUUAAGAUGAAUAUGUGUUAAUUUCAGUCUAGUUUUGUAGAUUUACGAUGAAAUUUUAUUGUUAUACGUUAUACUUGUACCUAAAACAAAGUAGAUUUUUUUUUGGAAGAAAAGUUAAGAAAAUUGCAUAUGAGAAAUGUUUCAAACAAAGAAGAAAAAAAAAUAAUUAAAAACGGACAUUUAAAUUGAUAUAUGCUUUAUCUACCAUCCAUAUAUUAUGUACUACUUUAUCGUUCCCGAUCCGAUCUAAUCGGGCGGAUAUAUGUUAACUUUUAUAUUUUUUACGUUCUAGCGUUUAGCAACGAAAUAGAUUUUAAGAACAAAUUGGUAAAUAAAAUUUUAUGGCUGCAAGAUGGCCUUAAAAAAA